GCGACGGUGACGACGACGACGAACCACUUUGAAAGAUGGCUUUGUUCGCCGAGCUCGAGCGUUACGACUAUACAGCUACCGAUGCACAAUAGAUCGCUCGUCCGUGGCUUGAUGUUGAGCUUUUCCAGAGCCAGAGGUGGACGUUUUUGUGCGGGAUCAUUAUGUAACCCGGUGAAUCGCUGUCUGCUCGAUCGAAGAAGAUGUCGAUGAGUAAAAUUCCAAAGAGUGGGUGAUAAAUGUUUUUCCGAGCGACGUUCGAUUGGAGUUGCGAAGCUGACACUUCCGUUCUAUAAUUCUCAUUCCGUUGAUCUUUUUCGACCGAUCGGCUUAGAUCGUCCGAAGAAUCGCAGCGAGUACAGGACAACGAAAGAAAGAAGAAAAAAUGGGCGACUACGCGGGCACGAAGCAGUUCAACGCGAUCGACGGCGUCGUUUUCACCGGCAUGCUGGGCGUAUCAGCUCUGGUCGGCGUUUAUCAGGCCUACAAGUCCCGCAAGAAUCCCGAGGCCGUCAAGGAGUAUCUCGUCGGUGGCCAGAACAUGUCCAUAUUUCCCAUCAGCAUGUCGCUGAUCGCCAGUUACAUCUCGGGCAUCGCGAUACUGGGUUUACCCGCCGAGAUGUACGUAUACGGCACGCAGCUCUGGUGCAUCGUCAUCGCCGACUGCUUCGUCUCGCUCACGAUGGCCUUGGUGUAUCUUCCGGUUUUUUACGGCCUCCAAAUAACGUCGUCGUACGAGUAUUUGGAAAUGAGAUUCAACCACGUAACGAGAAUGAUCGGAUCGAUCAUCUUCCUGAUAAAAAUGCUGCUUUAUAUACCACUGGUCAUUUACGUGCCGGCGCUAGCGUUUAACCAGGUCACCGGUGUUAAUCUGCACAUGAUAGCGUCGCUCGUCUGCGCCGUCUGCAUAUUUUACACGUGUCUCGGUGGUCUGAAGGCGGUCGUAUGGACGGACACGAUCCAGACGAUCGUCAUGUUCGGAGGCGUGAUCACAGUGGCGGUGAUCGGUACCGCGCGAGUCGGUGGCGUCGCCGAGGUUUGGAAGCGCAACGUCGCCACCGGACGCAUCGAAUUUUUCAACAUGAAUCCCGAUCCAACGGUGAGACACACCUUCUGGUCGGUCGUCGUGGGCAACUAUCUGAAUUGGCUAGCGACCUGCUCGGUCAAUCAAGCCAUGGUUCAGAGAUGCCUGGCGAUGCCGAAUUUGAGAAAAUCAAACAUUACGAUAACCAUUAUGGCGAUCGGUAUCAUUUCCAUCGUUUCUCUCAGCUGCUACUCGGGAAUUCUCAUUUUCGCCGCUUUCUUCGACUGCGACCCGGUGACAACUAAGCAAAUACGCAAACCCGAUCAACUUUUGCCGUAUUACGUGAUGGAAAUGGCUCAAUCUCUGCCGGGGUUACCUGGGCUUUUUGUUUCGGGUGUUUUCAGUGCUGCUCUAAGCACAAUGUCGACGGGUUUGAACUCGAUGUCCGGCGUGAUCUACGAGGACAUGAUAAAGCCUUGCCUCAAGAGGCCGUUGUCGGAUUUAGGAGCGAGCAGAGUCAUGAAGCUCACGGUCGUCGUCAUCGGGGUCGUUUGCGUGGCUCUGGUAUUGCUCGUCGAGAAGCUUAGCGGACUCAUACAGGCAGGAAAAAGUCUAUCCGGCAUAACAGCCGGUCCACUGCUGGGCAUCUUCACUCUCGGAAUGUUUUUCCCUUCGGCCAAUUCUAAGGGAGCAAUAGCCGGAGCUCUGCUGAGUCUGAAUCUCGUCGCGUGGAUAUCGUUCGGUACGCAGGCCUCCGUGGCCAGUGGACAGAUCAAAUUCCCCGUGAAGCCCGUCACCGUCGAGGGUUGUCCCGACGCCCUCAAGGCCGCCGCGAACAACGUCACUUUGCUCCUUCAAGAAGCCCAUCACGAGUCGCCGUUUUUCCUCUACAGAAUGUCGUAUCUCUGGUACACGUGGGUAGGCUUUUUAACGGCCAUCGGUGUAGGACUGAUCGUUUCUUGGAUCACGGGCCCGAACAAGUACAAGCCGGAGGACAAGAAACUUUAUACGCCCGUCAUUCAUCGUUUUUUGGCCGACGAACAGAAGGAAAUAUCUUCGGAAUUGAAAAUAAGACGGGAGAAAUGACACAAUAUCUAACGAUAGAUAAAAGUAGUUAGUAAUAAUAGUGAAGUAAUUAUCCUAGCUGUAUAAAUAUAUGGUUUAAGGUAAUUUUAAUUCUAGAAUAAAUCAUCGAUAUUAAAGUAAAUUAAAAUUAAUAUUUACGACAAAUUCAUAGCCCUUCGAAAUACGCUCGUGACCAGCAUGAACAAAGAAUUCUAAUUACAAUUUAAAAAAAAUGAAGAAAUUAACCGAAACAAUUGUUAUUUUUCAUUUCAUACACAAUAAUCUUAAAAAUAUCAACUGAUAUCCAGAUAACAAUAAAAUGGCAUUAAUUAUUUGCACAUAUAAAAUGUCGAAAAUAUUACCGUAAUCGGAAUAAUUAAUAAGUAUGAUAGUUUUGCAUAAUACAAAAUAAGCAAGCAGCCUACUAAGGCCCAAGUGAGUUAUUGGAAUGUAACGAAUAAAUGAUACAUUUUCAUUACUCACAUCUGAAUGGAAAUGUUACAAACGACCUAAGCAUUAAAACUCGUUGAUUGUGAGCUCAUCCGACGCUGUCAAUAGGAACUCAGUAAUGUUAGUAAACAUAAAGUUUGUUAAAAAUUAAGAAGUAAAAUGUUUUGUUUCGAAAUCGUAUUAUUUCAAUUUUUACAAAAACAAGUACAGUAAUUAUUAUAUCUUUAUAUAAGCUUGACAUACAGUUUCGAGAAGAAGAGAAUAUAUUCUGAUUAUUACUUAAUUAUGUCGAAAGAAAUGGAUACUAGUGGGUAUUUUAUUUUCUCUUUUAAAAUAUCUUUUAAUGAUGAAAACUCAUUACUCUUUUUAUCUUUUACAGUGCAUAUGGUAGUACACUAACCAGUUAGUAAUGGAUUUUUAUUAAAGAUCAUUUUGAAUUGUACGCUAACUACUCUGAGCGAUGAGGGACGCCAUCUUACGGUGCUCGCGCAAUCUUAUUUUGUAUUAUUAGAUAUCGUCAAUUGAAGUUUUUUUCUAAUAACUUCGUUUAUGUUCACAUUUUUAACCUUAUAAUUACUUGAUUUUGUAUAUUUAAAGACACAUCGUCGAUAAAUGCCGAUUUUCCAAAAUAUUUUAAAAUAUUUUUAAGAAAAAAAACAUAUUUCAAUCUAACACAGAAGCCGAUA